AUGUCAGAAAACACAACACUUCUGCUUUCCAGCCCCACAAAUGCCUUGGACAACUCUUCUGUGCUGAAUGUUUCUGUCCCACCACCCCUGCUUGACUGGGAGACCCCGACCUUCACCACAGCUGCUCGAUUCCGUGUUGUGGCCACGCUGGUGCUCUUUGUAUUUGCAGCAGUCAGUAACCUGUCUGUGCUGCUCAGUGUGACACGGGGUCGAGGUAGGCGCUUGGCCUCACACUUGCGCCCGCUCAUUGCCAGCCUGGCCUCGGCUGACCUUGUCAUGACUUUUGUGGUGAUGCCACUGGAUGCAGUGUGGAAUGUGACGGUGCAGUGGUAUGCUGGGGAUGCCAUGUGUAAGCUGAUGUGCUUUCUAAAGCUGUUUGCCAUGCACUCAGCUGCGUUCAUCCUGGUGGUGGUGAGCCUGGACCGACACCAUGCUAUCCUACACCCACUGGACACACUGGACGCAGGACGCAGGAACAGGAGGAUGCUGUUGACUGCAUGGAUACUCAGCCUACUCCUUGCUUCCCCACAGUUGUUCAUUUUCCGGGCAAUUAAGGCCAAGGGAGUUGACUUUGUUCAGUGUGCUACACAUGGAAGCUUCCAGCAGCACUGGCAGGAGACGGCAUAUAACAUGUUUCACUUUGUCACACUGUAUGUGUUCCCUCUGCUUGUUAUGAGCUUAUGCUAUACACGUAUCCUGGUUGAAAUCAACCGCCAGAUGCACAGAAGCAAGGACAAAGCAGGAGAACCUUGUCUGAGACGCAGUGGAACGAAUAUGAUCCCCAAAGCCCGUAUGAAGACCUUAAAAAUGACCAUUAUUAUUGUUGCCUCCUUUGUCAUUUGCUGGACACCAUAUUAUCUCCUUGGAAUCUGGUACUGGUUCCAGCCACAAAUGCUGCAAGUAAUACCUGAUUAUGUUCAUCAUGUCUUCUUUGUUUUUGGAAACCUCAACACAUGUUGCGAUCCAGUCAUAUAUGGUUUCUUUACACCAUCAUUCCGUGCCGACUUGUCCAGAUGUUUCUGUUGGAGGAACCAAAAUGAUUCAGCCAAGUCUCUGGCACAAUUCUCUGGCCAUAGGAGAGAAGUCAGUGGGGAGGCAGAGUCAGACUUGGGUAGUGGUGACCAACCCAGUGGACAACAAGCACAAAUGAUUUGAAUUCAGUAAUGUUUGGUGCUAAGAGGAUGUGUUAAGGGAAAUGUGGUGAUUAACUGUAGUAUUUAUCUUGUUUUUACUUCUGCCUUAUCUGCCAAUCUGUAACUGUUCAAUGUGGAUAUAGGGUAUAGUAUUGGAAUAAGAUUCUCCAAUCAUGACCCAACACGAGCGUAUUACUCUGAUGU